AUGGCAGAGGAGAUUGAGACAAAACUUAAGAACUACCGUACUGCCCCAUUUGAUGCCAGGUUUCCAAACCAGAACCAGACAAGGAACUGCUGGUCCAACUACCUGGGUAAGACUUUAUGUCAAGGUCAAAGCAGUCUGCUGGGGGUCCGGAAAUUAUCUCCUUUUUUAACAAUUACAAUUGUUAAAAAGCACCACAGCACAUAGAAAUCAAAACACAUUUUUUAAUUAUCACAGCCUUAAUCAUAAUAUUCAUCUAAAUGUGAAUCAGGUUAAACAAUAUAUGCUAUUAAAAACCUAACCCAGUUCACCUGAGGGCUUAAGGCAUGUUGAUCCCAGACCCCUGCAGGUAAUCUUGGUGGGGAUUUCUGGACCUGCCCCCUUUAGACCUGGAUCAAGGCCUGAAAAGGGGUCUGAAAAUAUUCAUCGCUGUUGUUAUUGUUUCUCUAUUUACAGACUAUCACAGAUGCCAGAAAGCUCUGGAAGAAAAAGGAGUGGAUACAGCCCCCUGUGACUGGUACAAGAGGGUCUACAAGUCAAUCUGCCCAAUGUCCUGGGUAAGGAAAAAAGUCUUAAAUCAUUUUUUGAUCAAAAAGUAAACAAGACAGUUAAACAGAAACAGCAGAGUACAUGGAACUCUCUCCAUAUGUGGGCUAAGCUUGCUUGAGCACGGGUCAAACAACUUUGACAUCGACCACAUUCCUGGAGGUCUCGGCUCUGAAUUAAGAAUCAAAACAAAAAAGAAAAAAAAAGGAAGAGCUUGAGACCAAAAUUACAGAUUCCCUUUAAAUCAUUCUCAGCCCAGUUGUUAAUGUUAUUUUUGGAGCCUGUUUGAGUUAAAUAAGGACUUGUUUUUCUUCAUUUUUCUCCCAAAUAGGUCCAGAAAUGGGAUGACCAGAGAGACGAGGGAAUCUUUCCCGGGAAAAUCUGA